AUGGCUCGCGUCCUUUUGCUUGUGUUGCUUGCUGCUCUUUCACAUUGGACGUGUGCUGGCCCGGCAUCCGACGCAGAGGGGCCGGGGCGGACCAAUGAUGACAUGGAUGGUUUCAACAUGAGCGUAUUGGCCUUCGUUCUGGAGGAGGAGCUGGGCGGUGGUACUGGGAGUAACAUGAGCAUCCCAGCAGAACAAAGCAGCUCCUCACAAGGAUGCACCUCAUCCACACCCCACCCAGAGCUCAUACAACAACUCCUGCAGCAAGUCAACCACCAGCAUCAGAUUCACAUGGAGCAGCUUGCCGUUCAACAUCAGCAACAUAUUCAGCAGCUAACCCAGAUGCACCAGCAGCAGCUUCAUGCGCUGCAACAGCAGCACCAACAACAUCUGCAAGCGUUGCAAGUGCAGCACCACCAUGAAGUCACCCAGCUGGUGGCAGACAUGCAACAACAGCAUCAACAACAUCUGCAAGCGCUCCUGGCGUGGUGGGGCUACUGGUAG